CGGCUGUUUCCAGAGGUCCCACUGCCUUCCUCAAGUAGGUGAGUUGAACACUUAUAGUAUUUGACAAGCAAUCAAGGGUCAAUUAUUAGCUUUGGAACACAUGCCUACAUUUCUCUGGAGAGUGGGUUUUGUAGUAGAUACAAUGAUGUUCUGAUAUUAAAUAAGCUAGCGAGUCAUUCGGGAUCAAGAUUGAACAAUUUGGGCCUGUAGAUUUGCGACUGAUUACUCAGGUCUAAACGGCGUUAUUGUGGAGCCGUGUAUCUCCUGCCCCUAGUUCUGUUUCUGAAGCCGGAGAUGCAGUGAUGUGUCUCCGGUGCUCUAAUAUUGGUAGAAACAAAUUUUGAUAGCUAACGAGUCAUUCGGGAUGUCUGAACAAAUUAGGUGGUAAGAUUAACUCAGGUCUAAACGUUAUUACGGAGCCUGUCUCUCCUCAGUCAGUUUAUCCUUUACCUGACCCGGUCCUUUUCUUAAGGAGAUAUAGUGAUGUGUCUCUUAUGACCGAUUACCGUGUUAAUAUUCGGUCCUUAACUCAAAUAUCAAUGAGCACAAAAUCAGAGCAUCAAAAGGAAUAUAGGAAGUUAUUUAGGAUGAUAUAAAUUUCCGAGACUUUCACCUAAAACUAAAUCUUACUCUAACAAUAGACGCAGUAGACAAGAGAGAAAUACAAUUGGUGUGCAUUAAUUGCCUCAGGUUUUCAUCAGAGAAACUCAAGCUGCACCUUACAAUAUGCCUCCAGUUGAUGAAACAGGAUAUAGCGGCGCCUGUCCUUCAGAUCUGCGGCUUAGUAAAGUCAUAUCAACGGAAGAAAGUGUUGAAGAAAUACCCAAGUCUGGUAAGAUAGGAAUUUAACUUGAAGCACAGAUAACGAGAAAGAACAACCAACCACUUUUUUUUCUGGCAAUCAGUGGCUUCGCUACCUGUACCCACGUACGCCCGCAAGUAGUCUAGCGUAAUUCAAUCAAUUAAUCAAAUAUUUAUUAUGUAAGGAUACAUAAAAGGAAACGUCGGAGGUUAUCCCUAUCGAGGAUGCUCCCUACAUAAAAUAUAAAAUAAAUAAGAAAUGGCUAAAAAAUUCUACAAAAUAAGUUUUACAACACUUUCUAAGUUUACUUCAAAAAAUGCUGAAAUCCUGUUCGUGCACUAUCUCUUUGGAAGAGCGUUCCACUGUUUAAUAAUUAUAACAAAGAAUGAGUGCAAGAAAACAAUUUACUCUAGCUAAUGGCUGUCUUAAUUUAAAUAAAUGGUUUGAUCUUGUUUUACCAUAACAAUUAAAUUCAAAAUAAUCAUUACAGGUGAGGCUAUUAAGACCAUGAAUAGGCUUGUAGCACUCUAGCAAACAUAGAUGGGACCUCCUUGAUUGAAGACUGGACAACCCAAGCAUUGCCAGUCUUUCUUCGUACGCAGAGUCCCUAGCAUAACAUCGGGAGAGCGAAUUUCGAGGCCCUACGUUGGACUAGUUCAAGAGCGUCAAUGUUCUUCUUUAAAUAGGGUGACCAGAGAGGAACAGCAUACUCCAGAAUGGGCAUAACGGUAACAUGUAGAACCCCACAUUUGUCAGGGUGUUGAGGUCACAUUGAAGUUGUUUCUCGUCGUUUUCAUCUUAAAUAAUUCUGUAAACCUUGCUGUCAUCUGGAAACAGGCGCAUGCUUGACCUUACGCUAGUUGUAAUAUCGACUAGUCUUUUCUUUAACAAUAAUUUUUUUAAACAAAACACACGGUUCAGAUCGGAAAUGCCAGUUUUGACCGAAGAAGCCACUUGAUUGGAUCACUAAAGACGAAUAUUAGGGUGGGAAAAGGCGAGAACUACACAGUGAUAUUUUUAUUAAUCACCUUCCUUGUCCCGAUGUUAGAAUCAACAAUGCCUCCAAGUGAUGAAAAUGUAUGUGGUACUUCUCCUGUUGGGCUGCUGAAUUACGCAACAUCAGUCGACAGUUUGGAAAUUCUACACGAUUCGAGCUCUGUUUCUAACACCGCACACUCCGCCGGUAAGACACAAAUGUCAUUAUAAGUUGGAAAGUUGUGUGUUUAGUCCGCUCUGAAAACGCUAAUUGGACAGCUGUGUUUGCAAAGUUUGAUAAUUACUUAUAAUUUGUUUAACAGUCUAAAUUAGCAUCUUGAAAUCCGAGGGGCCUUGAAGUCUCACCUAAGUUUUUGAGUUACAUGAGGCAAAUUAGCUACAUACAACAGCUUACAGUGACCCCAGAGAGGAUGCCCCACCCCCUCCUUUUUUCAGGGAGCUUAAGCAAAAGACUACGGCGACGGCAACGAGAACGGUAAAAAGCAAUAGGUUUAUAUAAACAAAACAACAACUUUGCAAGUGCAUUACGCUUUUUUGUACACCUCUUUGCUGUCGUUGCACGACUACAACGUGAAAGUGCCCAAUUUCCCGUUUUGUAGAGGACGGUCUGGAACACAAGACAACAACUUUUUUUUUCGCGAAGUUUGUUACAGUCCUUUAGAAUUCAACUCCAAGAAAAUCUUCCAAAGCGUGAUAAAGUUUGAGGCAGCGCGAAUUCACUGUCUUUUUAAGUGACGUUUUCGUAACCGUCGCCGUCCUAGUUGCUUAAGCUUCGUUUUGAGGCAGUUACGAAAAGAAAUGUUUUACAUAGUGUAGAUCAUCAGAUUGAUAGCUUACAAAAAUAAUUUUGGUCCUUUCGUUUUCAUUCACUUGUUUUAAAACCUCUUUGUAAACUUCGUAACAAAUUUUUGUUUUAAUCUGUCGGUUUACUUGAGACUACUGACGCCACGUCUUUCGUCAUAUGUUACUGAAAAAACUGUUCAGGAUUUUUGACUGUAAAACUAACAACUUCUGUUUCUAUCAAAAGUAAUUUGCUUUGACUUAAUGUUUUCCUUAGUGAGUUUUUUAAGGCUUGUAGAUAAGGAGUUCCAGCUGGUUUCAGCUUAGCCCCCUCCCCAAACACCCCCACUUCGAAACUUGCUCCGUGGUCCAUGAUAUUUUUUGGACUCAUCAAACUGCCCUCCUCCUCUUUAUUAUGAUAUAGCGGUAAUUGCACCCUAGACAGACACAAAUAAGCAUUAAGUAAUUGUUGAACGAAUUUCUUUUUAGUACCACUACAUUCUUUAAACGAUGAAAGAGCACAAAGUGAAUCCCCUUUAGCCAGAACAGCAUCGGCUGCCUCAUUGCAGUCUUACGCUACUGUCUACAGUAGGCCUAAUUCAAAUCCAACUGCUGAGCCAGAGAAAACUACUAAUAUGGAAACUACAGGGAAUGUGGACAAACACAUUCCAACUGCAAAUGUCUGCUAUGGUGGGGACGUUGAAUUAGGAGAAACCGUUAACCUCAAGACAGGAAGGCAGCUCUUCCGUUGGAAUCUGAUCUUUAAUCUCAUCUUGUGGAUCCUUGUUCCUCUUCCUAUCUGGUUGCCUUUUGUCUCCCAAGACAUUUCACUGUUUCUCCUUCCAAGCAUUCAGGGGGCCUUUAUCGUAUUCUGGAUUUGCGUCUGCUUGUUCGCCAUAAGAACUACAGCUGUCAUGUUUUGGCACAGAAAGACGGACUUCAAAUCCAAGUGCGCCGAGUUGAUGAAGAAAUGUAACAAGGAUCCUGAAGCACAAACAGCUGAGGCCGAGACACCUAUCCAACACGUAGCAGUCUUGGCUUGUUAUAAGGAGCCUGUAGAUUUGAUUGCUGCUUCAGUUCAAACUCUGGCCAAUCAAACUGUUGCUUCCAGAGUAACCAUGGUGGUGUCAUUCGAGGAAAAAACUCCGAACCUGGGCAGCAAACAGCAGGAUUUGGCAAAACUCUUCGGAUCACGAUUCCGUGAACUUAUUUUUGUUACACACCCCUUUGGAGUGGAAGGAGAGAUCCCAGGAAAGUGUUCCAACAGCAACUGUGGCAUUAGGACAAGUAUAGCACACAUAAAGAGAAAGGCUGGCAGUAACUUUGAUCCAGAUAGGAUCCUUAUAACAACUGGCGAUGCAGACUCCAAAUUUCAUCCUCGAUACAUGGAGGCGCUGGAGUACAAAUAUGAGCGAGAAUUUAUGAGAACAAAAGAUCACGAUGAUAGAAGGAUGGUAAACUGCUUGUUCCAAUCACCACUACUCUAUAACUGGAAUUUAGAUGCAGCAUCUGUUGUUACCAGAUUGACUGGCAUGUUGCGUGCAUUCCUCAUGAUGGGAGCCAUGAUUCCAUUUAAUGUCAACACUAUGAGCAUAUACAGCUUCUCAGCUUCUCUGUGCAUGGCUGGGCAGUAUAUCCAUCCUGCAUACCAGAUGGAAGAUAUAAUCGCUCUCAUAAGGUAAGAUGAAGUAACGUACAUACACAAAAAAGAGAACUGCACUCUCUUUGAACACCCCGUGUAUAAUCUCUUAAGGAACACAACAAUUACUUUUUUCCUGAACUUUAUCCACGGUAGUACAUUUAUAUCAUGAUUCGUGUUGCUAUAUUCUUUAUAUUGAGAAUCGCUAUGGCCGAGUGAGCAUGGCUAGUAUUUAUCAACUGAGUCAAGAAAGGCAAUUUACACCGAGCGAACCAAUGAAUUGUAGGUAGUGUGGUUCAUACAUCGAGCGACCGCGGAGCUAUCCUAGUUAAUAGUGUGAACUGGUAACAUAAAAAACAAGAAUAAUUUAGUUGAAUAAAAAGCGUUUAUUGAUUCCGAGGAGAUUUAGAGAACCGAUCUGAGACAUGAAUUUUAUUGCAGGUCACAAAGUUAAAUUUUUAGCAGGGAAGGGUCAAUUUAUGGUACUGUUAUUGAGCUGUCUUUUUCCUUUUUGUCUGAUGAUGUCACAGGUGGAUGGGAGUCUGCAAGAGACGUCUUCGCAUUGUAAUGGUUCCCGUACCCACUCUUUCCGGUCCAACAUCUGGAAGGGUGAUUGAGGAAGAGUUGGAGGAAUGGGCACGACAGGCGCGAAGAUGGACCAUUGGAGCUGCUGAGGUGUUUCACUACUUCAUGGUCAAGUCAAACAAUAUUCCAUUCUUUACUGCCUUGUCCUGGGGAAUCACUUUCAUCAUCUAUUAUGGUAAUUACUUGUCUUUAUUUAUAAUCAUCAUCUUCACGGUAACAAAAUUCUCCAAUUUGAUUGGCUAUCGGUAGCCCUGAUUUCAGCAUUAAUAACAAUACACCCUACACGAGGUUUAACAAUGUAAUAGGACAACACGUCUUUUGACUCUCUUUGUCCCGUUCUCGAUCUUACGGAAUAAGCCGCCAUACAGGGUUUUAUUUUGAAACUAUAACUGAUAUCCCACAUUUGGAGCGAUUUUAAUAAAUUCGCUUAAUUCUGUCCAUUCCUUUUACAGGUAUUAUCCUGUGUUGCUCGUCACUCUACAGCGUUACGUUGGCGAUCUCCGUGAACUUUCUGUUUGUGGAGGUUCCAGUCAUCCUUGAGUGGGGAAUGUUAGCUUUCCUUGUGUUCAACUACGCUGUCUUCGCCUUGAUCUUCUUGUUGGAUCGAGUCACAGUCAGGCUGACGGAGCCGAGAGUAAAGGAGAGGAUCUCUUUUGUUAGAAAUCUUUACCAAUGGAUCGUAUCACCGUUUGUGCUGAUGGCCUACUCCAUAGUGGAACUGUACGCCCUACAUGAGGUCAUGAUACGAGGAAAGAAGGUGUGCAAGCACGGGGCAAGCAAAAAGGAUGCUCUUGGUUCUAAAUAAACAACAAUUUCCUAUUUUAAACUUUCAUGCUUCUCCUCCCGAAUUUAAGUAUUUUUUGACGCAUAUUUUCGCACUACAAGUUUUUUCAUGGUCAGUAAAUAGGUUUAUCAAGAGUAUUUAUCUACGCAAUAUUUAUUGUUAAUUACAGCAGACAAACGUAAAAUAACAACUUUGCAACCAAUAACACGUUUCAUAGCAUUUUUAGCAUCGAAGUAAAUGUACCUAUUUUAUUCGUACUCAUAUAAUUGGCUAAAAAAAAAUCUUGUGCCAUUUUGUCGGCAAAUCAAAAGCAAGAUCGUAGCCAAUCAUCACGCGGUUGCACGAGCUAUUGUUCGUGUCAAUGGAAUUAAACGAUAAGCAGGCUUGAAUAUUUCCUAGUUAAUGAAUUAAUUUUAUUUCAGACUUGACGGAAUUUAGUGUAUUUAAUUUAAUAUAUUUUUUGGAAAUGUAAAUAUAUUAAGUAUUAAUUUAUAAGCGGAAUUGUAAGGUAAAAAAGUGUUGAGGAGGGCAAUAAAAGCGAGACCUGACAAAUGCGUCAUCUUUUUUAAUAACCUUUUUUUAAACAAAGUAAAUAAUGGUCAGUUCAGACAAGAUUUCUCUUGGUUCA